AAAUGGAAUCAGUUCCUCAACAUCUUUGUAGAAUAGUGUUCAAAUAUGGUCAAAAUAGUAACUACUUUAUUUCUAUUAACGACAAUUUUUUACUGCGUCCAAUCACGUGACAACAAUAAGCUCAUUCACGAUAUUAUAAGGGAUCAUGAAAUCGUCAUCUUUUCACUAAGUUUUUGUCAGCCUUGUGCUUCUGUAAAGAAUAUUUUCCGCGAUUUAAACAUGAAAUUCUUUGAGUUUGUAAUUGAUCAUCAAGGCGAAGAUUCCUUUGAAAUACUGGAUAUUUUGAGCCUUUUGACCGGGAGAACAUCAGUACCCCAAGUCUUCAUAAAUAAGAAAUUUGUUGGCGGUUACAAGGAAAUACAGGAAAUGUACGAAAAUGGCACCCUUGUAAAUUUUUGUGAUUGUCUAGAUUGUGAAUGCAGUAUGGAGACCUAUUAACUAAUGGUCGUUGAACCAAUUGCAUUAAAAUGAAGAGUCGCACCUGGCGAAUUGCUUCCAUGGCGGAAUGAAACCACCAGUCUAAAAAGAAUAUUUUCAAUUAGGGAUUUCUAUAAUUAUUUUUCAUUCUUUUGUCAGUUAAUGCCACCCUAGGAAACUCAUUAAGAAAACUUUUCUUUGUCUAAAUUGAAAUAAGAAACUAUUGUUAGAUACAAACAUUGUCAGGCGGUUGCAGAUAGACGAAUAGGUAUGAACUUAAUCAAUAUAAAAUAAUUAUAAGCAUAAAAUCAUCUGCCUAAAUAAGAAGACUUCGUUCGUUUAGGAUUAAUCAGUAGUGUCGAAAGUAGGAUAUUCCAACUUCAAAAGAUACUAAAAUGGUUCCUUAUUCACAGUUUCUGUUGCCAAGCAGCAUUGGGAUAUCAUGGUUGGUAACUGGUUAGCUACACUUUUGAACAGAUAUAUAUGUGUCUCAUAUUCACUCUUUUGUGGAGUACAGCGCAUUUUCUUAUUGCUAUUUCCGUUAUCAUCACACGUAAUUGUUAGAAAACCAAGAGAAAAGACUAAUUUUCCUUAGAAUGCUGAAGCAGAUUUUUAUUUCCCAUAUAUUAGUGAGUUUUA